AAAAGGGAAGAAAUAAAACAAAACUAAACAAAAGUGGUAGAAAUAAAAGUAUUCCAACACUUGAACAGAAGGUGUUUUGGAAGGAAAAGAAUCAUGAUUUAACAUAGAAGUUAAAAUGAAGCACUUGUUUGAGGACAGAUGGGUAAAUUCAUCCUGUGGUUUUAAAGCAGUAAGUCGGUUCCUCCACCAGUUUGUAAGACAUUCCAGCGCUACACGCGUGCCUGUUCGGGAGAUGGAUUCCACAGGGCUUUUCCUGUCCCUGCCCCUGCUGGGGCCUUUCUGUGCGGGAUCAAGAGGAGGAUCCAGCCUGAGCGGGAAAGACAGCCCUGUGACGUAUGAAGUACGUAGGGAGGCUCGGAAUUCAAGAAAUCAAAGCUUUUUAACCCGCCCACUUGCUUCUGAGUUUCAUUCUGACUCUGCGCGGCCCCGAGGAGACGUCUGUGGGGAAGACUUUGGCCACUGCAAAGGUGCCAAGAGGAGGGAAAUAGUUGUCCUGGAGAGCUGGGCUCCCAGCAAAAACUGGUUUUGAACGUCAGAUAGAGCUAGAAAGACCCAGUGAAGUCUGUGGACACUGGUGCUUCAUCACAGGAAACGGAAGAGAAAGAACAAAAUUGGCAGAGAAGAAGUGAAACCAGCAACAAAGCCCAGAAUGGCGUUGGAAUAUCAUCAACAACAGCCGAAGGUCUGCGUUAAUUUAGUAACCAAGUAUCCUGAAGUAGUUUUAUGUGUUGGAAAAAUAUGUUUUGGUGAAAAGGCAAGAAAAAAGAUGCCAAAAAAUUCAAAACAAGAUCAAAAAUACACCCUUGUCUGUGCAGUGUGUGCCUUGCUGAACUCUGGAGGAGGUGUCGUAAAAGCAGAGAUUGAAAAUGAAAACUACAAGUUAGAGAGAGAUAUGAUUGGACUAGAUUUAGAAGACACUUUUCGGUCUCUUCUUUUGUUUCCAGACUGGAGAGAAUACCUGGACUUUGAACAGCGAGAUAAUUACAUUUUGAUUUUUAUUAAAACUUGGAGUAGUGAAAACACAUCGUUAACCUCUACAAGUGCAAAGCCACGUCUCUGUAGCCUGACUACUGGGUUGCACACAAAAUGUGGUACUUCUCUUUCCCACGUGAAUCUUACCGAAGUUGUUUCAUUCCUUAAAAGAAAGCAAGAUAAAGCCAAGAAAGAGUUUAGCCCAGGACCACCUGCUAAAAACAGGAAGACAAGGGCUGUUGAAGGAGGCACGGACAUUAUAAAUAAAGCUGUUGUCGAGUUGUUUAAUAGGGACCAACUGCAACAUGGAGAGACGUUGACUUUCAGUGAGUCAGGAAAUGUGGAAUUUAAGCACUAUUCAACUGAAAAAAUCUUGACUCGUGUCAAAGAGAUAUUACCUCAGUAUAUCGCUGGAUUUGCAAACACAAGUGGUGGGUAUUUGUGGAUCGGUGUGGAUGAUAAAGGCACAGUGCAGGGAUUCAGCAGUGAUGAGGAGGACCUUAAAAAAUUAAGUUACGUAAUCAAUUCCAUUAAAGACAAAUUAACCCUUUUCCAUUUCUGCGGGAGUGGAUAUGAACACAACAUAAGCUACGAACACAAAAUUUUCAAAGUAUACCACGAGGCUGGAGAUCACUGUGGCUAUGUCUGCGCUGUGAAGAUUCAGCCAUUUACUUGCGUCGCGUUUUCUGAAGACCCAGACUCAUGGCUAGUGGAAGGAAGCACCGUGAAGAGACUGAGCGCAUACGAGUGGGCUACGUGGAUGACGACUGCUGAUCCAGAUCUUUCAAAGUUCUCUGAGACAUUUAGGCUAGAGCUCAGUCUGACAGAGCGGCCACCUCUUGCCAAGCCAGUUUAUUCACACCAGGGCCUUGACAACAUCGAUGACCUUUGUAAGCAACUGUUUCCAGUGGAAUCCCACAGAAUAAUAUAUACUCCGGAAAAACUCAGUGAAGAUCUCCUCCAAGAGCAUCCAGGGUUGGAUAUUCUAAUGGAAAAACAAUUGAAGCAGCUUUCUGAGGGAGUUCUGAUAUUUUCCAGAAGUUGGGCUGUUGAGGUCGGCUUGCCAGAAAAUCACAACAUAAUUUGUGACAUUCUCCUAAUAGCUGAGGAUCGGCCACCUAUCCUCUAUACAAUCUGUAAGCAUCAUAUCUCACCGACUUUGUUGGAAUACUCAAGAUGCAUAGCCUGGAGGCUGAAGCAGAAGUUAGUCAACACUGGGGGCUAUAUUCACAAAUUGUGCGUGAUACCAAAGCUACUGAUUUUGCUUCCCGAAAUUAACUGUGGAAAAGAAUGGGAUCUGAAUAUUCAAGAAAUGUAUCCCCAAAACUACAGCCUAAUCAGGAGUGACAACUUGAAGGCCCUCUUACAUGCUCUCACAGUAGUUCUGCUGAGUUUCAAGUCCUUUUUAAGUGACCAUGUUGGUUCUGAGUUUUUGAACCUCUUGACCAUCAAACAAUACCAGCUGCUGUCAGAAAAUCUUCACAAAACUAAGAAGCUGUAUGUUUAUGGACUACCAGGAACAGGAAAAACCAUAGUCGCCCUGAAGAUCAUAGAGAAAAUAAGAACUAUGCUGCAGUGCAAACAAGAAGAAGUUCUUUAUGUAUGUGAGAACAAGCCUCUGCGAGAUUUUGUGCGGCAGAAAAACAUUUGCCAAGCUGUGACAAGAGUAGCCUUUUUGAAGGGCAGCUUUAAUUAUGUGAAGCACAUAAUAAUUGAUGAAGCACAGAAUUUCCAAGAUGGAGAAGGUGAUUGGUAUAAGAAAGCCUUGGCUCUGACUUCCUCAGCAGAUCUCCCGGAGCCCGGCUUUUUCUGGAUUUUCUUGGACUACUUGCAGACAAGUCACUGCUUCCCAACUGGUCUUCCAGAAGCAGAAUGGCAUGAUCCCAUCGAGUCACUAACCAAAGUGGUUCGUAAUGCUAGCAACAUCUAUAGCUAUCUAAAAAAAAAUAUGGAAACGAUUGUAACGCACUCUACCCUAAAUAUUCCCAAAGACCGUUUGAGAGAGUUAUUAUGCAGAGCCACGUGUGCUCGUGCCGUGCAAGGCUCUACGGAAGUACGAAGCAAACAAAACAUAAAUGAAAUAGCAAAGUAUGUGGCAGAACGCUGUCAUACGUAUCUUAAAAAGGGUUACUCUAAGAAAGAUAUUGCUAUUCUGUGCUACAGAGAUGAUGAAGUAAAAGCACACCGGGGAAUACUAGCGUCAGAAAUGAGGAAGUCAAAUAUAUUAUUAAGAAAUACAGAGGAAGGGCUACAGGAACACGCUAUUCUUGACAGCAUCCGUCGUUUCUCUGGCUUAGAAAGAAGCAUUGUAUUUGGUAUUAUUCCUCAACACUUUCAAUUUCAGGAAAAAAUUUUUGAAAAUAUAUUGGUCUGUGUAGCAUCCAGAGCCAAUUUAAAUCUACAUUUGUUAUUUUAUAACUGAGAACAGGUAGCCACACAGGAUCCCAACAAGGCCCUGGUAGGUCAAUGGUUAAUGUAUAUUUGAAAUUUCUUUACUCUGUAUCUGAAGUAGAAGGAUUUCCUUUGUAAUGGUCCUCUCUAAAAGCCCAGACAUUGUUGGGAAGCCUCCACAGUCUGUUUUAAAUCAAAUGUAAGGUUUCAAUAAUGCAGAUAAAAGAUACUUUGGAUGUCAGUAGAAUGACUUAAUUCCCUGAUGGCUCCUUACAAGGACUUGCAAGAUCUGAUGCUCAGCCUUUGACUGCCGGCAGGUGUGUUGCCAAGUCAAAACCACUAUGCCAAGACAGGAAAGCGAAAGACUUCCUGGCUUUCACCAGCUCGCUCCCAUACUCACAGUACUGCUCAGAAACAAAGAGCAUAGGCAUCCAGUGUUAGAAGCCAUUUUUUAAAAGACAGCCUCUAUUCAGAUAUCUAGGAAAGUGAAAAGGCGGCCUUCUGUCCAUGUUCUAGCUAAGAAAUACAAAUAAAUGGCUUUUACAGUAGUUUCCCCACUCAAUUUCAGCAACAGUCAGUAUGGGUUAGAAGGCAGUUUCUUCAACGAGGAGCUCUAGUGGGAGAGGGAAAACUUUGCACAACUCCCCUUACAUACCAAUGGCAUCUUUUGUCUUGGUUUCAGACACGCUGGGUAGAUAAAACCCUCUACAGAGGUAAGAUGCCAAGUACUUUUGACAGACAGAUCCAAAAUUCCUAAAACUGGAGGCAGGUUGAAAAAAAAAAAAAAAAAAAAAAGAACCAUCUUGUUCUUCCCCCACAGAAUGACUUGUGGUUCAUUUAUUUUGGAAGAACAGUCUGACACCCUCCUAGUGGGAUUAUAAAGCACCAGUGCUUUAACUGAAUGCAGUUACAGGCAGACGACACUGGAAUCACCCUCCAAGUGAGUUUGCCUUAUGGCUUAAAAAUUCUUACUUUUCUAACUUGAGGAAGGUUGAGGCACUUCAUAUCUUAUUUUUUUUCCAUAAUCUACAUACAAGGAAAGACUAUCCCCACAGUUCCUUUCACAAACCCCAAACCUCAAUGCUUAAUCAUGCCAUGCCUAUCAUGGGAGGAUCACUGACAUUUAGUAUGAUCAGAAAUAUUUUAAUGCACUUGAAUUUGCAUUUAAAUCA